GAAGUGGCUACAAAACGGAGAUAGGUUUUUAGCUACAUAGAAAGAUUAAAAACUAAAAGGUGUCCGUGUCAAUCAUUUCCCCAAAGCUUUUAAAAAUGUAUAAUAAUAUUUAUCAGAGAGAUGUCGCUCUGUCUACUUUACCGGAUGAGAUGCUGUUAAAAAGCGCCAAUGGACUCUUCUACGUCAUAUUCAUGCGUCCGUGUUUUUGUUGAUGUAGGGGACAGAAGAGUGAAAACUUGGUAAAAAAAAUUAAUCGAUUAAAUGAUAAUUUUUGGAGAAAGUGCAUAUUGAAAUACCUAAAUCUUUAUUUCAGCUUCUGAUAGAUGUGUUUGUGUUGCAGCUGUUGCCGUAAUGGUGGUGUUUCCGAGUUCUUUAACGGAGGAGGAAGAGGCUCUGCAAAAGAAAUAUGCCAAACUGAAGAAAAAGGUAAAUCAAUUUUAGUCUUUAAUGUAACAUCCCUCAUUAGUUUAGUGAUAUUUAAAAUUAAAAACUUGUCUUCUAAUGCUGAAAUAUUGUUUUAGAUAAAAUCUGGUUUAUGGCGAUUCCAGGAUUGCAUUGACUUCCGUUAAAUGUGGAGUAAUUAGUCAUAAUAUCAAAUAAAAUAUCGUCUUUUUAAGUUUACAGAUCAGCCUCACUAAAAUGAUUGACUGUGUUUUCAGAAAAAGGCCCUGCUCGCUCUGAAGAAGCAGAGUUCAACCAACCAGACGAACCAAAGUGGUUUGAAACGGAGUAAGUGUUAUUAAUCUUAUUAUAUUUGUAGAUGAACAGAAAAAAAUGUAUGAUUAAAAAAAGAAAACCUCAGCGGAACAUUUCUCAGCUAAUAAGAUUAUUUGUAACUGUUUAAUUACAUGACUGGUAUUAAAGGGACAUUCCGGCGUAAAAUUAAUUUCUUCACGCCUCUCUAGUUAUACCAACUUUAGUAACGACCACAGGAUAGCAAUACAGAGAGCCACGCGCUCAACCAAAACGCCACUCUAUAGCCACAAAUAAUGCUCAGAACAGCACCUAACUUAUGGGGUCCCAGUUACCAAACAUAUUUUUAACUUUGCCAGAUUUAUUUAGCAAAUAGACUAAACACUAUACUGUAAUACUUUCCUUCAUAACAGCUUUGUCAGACCAACCUGUAGUGGACACGGCUACAGCGACAGAGCAGGCGAAGAUGCUGAUCAAAUCUGGGGCCAUCAGCGCCAUCAAAUCAGAGAACAAAAACUCAGGCUUCAAACGCUCUCGAAUGCUGGAAAUCAAACUUAAGGUUAUUAUUACUAUUUUUCUUAUAAGAUGGUGUGUAAGCUGACAAUCAUAUCUUUUCUCAGUUUACAUGUUUUUUGAUUAAUUAUAUUUUCUGUUCUUCAUCUGCCACAGGACCCUGAGAAAGGCCCAGUUCCUGCUUUCUUACCGUUUCAAAGGAGCGUCUCUACAGACGAGGAACAGCCUGAGGUAUACUGGAUGAAAACAUGGUUGCUAAUACCAACUCUUUGUCAGAGAUGGUAUUUUGACCAUGUUUCCAAAUUGCGCUGACUCACUCUUUUCUAGAUAUUAUUAUUAAACAAUGUCUUGUGUCUGUGUUUUAAUUCUUUUAGUCUGGGAAGAGAGCCCACAAGAAGUCUCUGUAUGAGAGGUAACGUUCAAACCCUCAAUGAAUAUGCAGAUGACAUGUUUAAUUCACUAACAGAGGAUAAAUGUAAGUAGUUUAUUAUUUCCCUUGUGUGCAUCUGCAGCUUUGUCAGCUCCAGUGACCGAUACAGAGAUGACGAUGAUGGAGGUGGAGGUGGAGGUGGAGGUGGAGGAGGCGGUGGCAUGUCAUCAAACCGUGAAAUGGAUCGGGAGAGAGACAGAGACAGAGAUCGGGACCGGGAGCUGGAGAGAGAUCGAGAUAGGGACAGAGAUAGAGACAGAGAGAGAGACCGGGACAGGGAUCGAGAAAGAGGCAGGGACCGAGAGCGAGAACGGGACAGAGAGAGAGACAGAGACCGGAGCAGAGAGAGGGAUCGAGACCGGGAGAGGGACCGGGAGAGAGACAGAGAUGGACCCUUCAGACGUGAGAAAACUGUUUGAACACUUGUACUGAUAAAUAGAGGUGAAGUUAAGUGUUUGAUGUGCAGUGUACUCACUGUAAUGACCUUUUAUUGUGUCUUAUGUCCUCACUCUCAGGAUCAGAUUCAUACCCAGAGCGAAGAGGUGUGCGAAAAGGAAACACAGUGUAUGUUUACGGCUCUGGUCUCGCUGAGGAAAACCUACGCUCUGCUUUCUCUCAACACGGAAACAUCAUCGACCUCUCCAUGGACAACCCACGCAAGUAAGAAACCAUUAAACCUUACUGCGUGCACUCAGCCAACAUCUCUACAUACUGUUUCAAACACUAAGCUGUUGUCUUAUAUCCUCUUCUGCUUCUUUUUUCUACAUCUAGCUGUGCAUUCAUCACUUUUGAGAAGAUGGAGUCUGCAGACCAGGCUGUGGCUGAGGUUUGUAUUGAACAUUAAGGAGUAAGGAUAAACACAGUAGAAAUGCUGUUUAAGGAAUGGAGGAGCUUUUGUUUUUGGCACCCUCUUUUGGACAAUGCAGUCUUUGCUUCUGACAGAUAUCUCAUCCUGUUGACGUUUGCCGGCCAAAUGUAUCAUAAAGAUAAUUGUUUUAUGUGUAAAUUGUGAAAAACUUUCUUUGCUUUCUUUGUCCAACAGUUAAAUGCAAGCAUGGUGGGAGAUGUUCACAUCAAAGUCAGCAUCGCCAGGAAGCAGCCCAUGCUGGACGCCGCCACUGGCAAAUCUGUGUGGGCCUCACUGGGUAAAAAACCUUACUUUUGCUGUUUGUUUUUUUUUGGGACUGUGAGUGUGUGUGUCUGCUCAGUGUGGACUAACCUUCAUCAAUGUCUCUGUUAUAUUUCACAGCUGUGCAGAACAGCACCAAAGGCUCCUACAGAGACAAGAGGAACCAGGUGGUGUACAGCGAAGAUUUCCUCUGAGCUUUUUUUUUUUUUCGCAGACGAUCUUUUUUUGAAUAUUUCAUUUCAUUGACAUGUUAGCCGCAUGCUUACAGUGAGUGUUGCAGGCUCAACGCAUAUCUACCUGUCUGAAAGUUUAGAUGACUGUAGUGUGUGAUUGUUCUGUAAUGAUGUGUGCCAGCUUUGCUUUUGGAAGUAGGCAAGAUUUUCAGCUCAAUAAAUAAUAUCCACAUGUUGCUGCUUUCUUUUCUUUAGUCUGAUUAAAUUUCCAUGAAGAAAUGA